GAUUCGCUCUCCUUCCGGGCUGUCACUCGGGUUCCGGAGCGCGCAGGAUGCGGACGCCGGCCAGGGAGCUCUUCCGCGACGCCGACUUCCCAGCCUCGGACUCCUCACUGUUCUCCAGCUUCUCCACGCCGCUGGCCCAGUUCCGUGAGGACAUCACGUGGAGGAGGCCCCAGGAGCUGUGUGCCACCCCCAGGCUGUUUGCAGAUGACCCGCAGGAAGGACAGGUGAAGCAGGGGCUGCUGGGAGACUGCUGGCUGCUGUGCGCCUGCGCCGCCCUGCAGAAGAGCCAGCGCCUCCUGGAGCAGGUCAUCCCUCCGGGACAGCCGAGCUGGCUCGACCAGACGUACCGGGGCUCCUUUACCUGUCGAGUGUGGCAGUUUGGACGCUGGGUGGAGGUGACCAUAGAUGACCGUCUGCCUUGUCUUGCAGGGAGACUCUGCUUCUCCCGGUGCCAGAGAGAGGAUGUAUUCUGGCUCCCCUUACUGGAGAAGGUCUACGCCAAGGUCUGCGGGUCCUACGAACUCCUGUGGGCGGGGCAGGUGGCGGACGCCCUGGUGGACCUCACCGGCGGCCUGGCGGAGAGGUGGAGCCUGAAGGGCGGGCCCGGCGGCCCGGAGCACAGGACCUGUCGGCGGCUGCUCGGCCUCAAGGACCGCUGUCUCAUAAGCUGCUCGGUGCUCAGCCCCAGAGCAGGUGCCAGGGAGCUGGGCGAGUUUCACGCCUUCAUCGUGUCGGAUGUGCGAGAGCUCCGGGCGCGGGCUGGCCGGGCCCUCCUGCUGCUGCGCAUCCGGAACCCCUGGGGCCGGCGGUGCUGGCACGGGCCCUGGAGAGCGGGGGGCGAAGGAUGGAGCCGGGUGGACCCCGCGGACGAGGCUGCGCUGCUGUCCCAGCUGCAGGAAGGAGAGUUCUGGGUGGAGGAGGAGGAGUUCCUGCGGGAGUUUGACGAGGUCACCGUGGGCUUCCCCGUCACGGAGGCUGGCCACCUGCAGAGCCUCUACUCAGAAAAGGAGCUGUGCCACACUCAGGAGCUGCCCGGGGCCUGGGUCAAGGGGCAGUCGGCGGGUGGCUGUCGGAACAACAGCGGCUUUCCCAGCAACCCCAAGUUCUGGCUGCGGGUCUCGGAGCCGAGCGAGCUGUAUGUUGCCGUCCUGCAGAGGCCCAGGGCGCGCCCCGCGGUCCGGGCAGCCCGGGCUCGGGCGCCGGACGGCGGGGCGUCGUGGAGCCCUGCCAGCCCCCGGGGCAAGGACUACCAAGCUGUGGGCCUGCACAUCUGGAAGGUGGAGAAGCGGCGGGUCAGCCUGCCCAGGGUCCUGUCCACGCCCCCCGUGGCUGGCACCGUGUGCCACGCCUACGACCGCGAGGUGCACCUGCGCUGUGAGCUCGGCCCCGGCUACUACCUGGCCGUCCCCAGCACCUUCCUGAAGGACGUGCCAGGGCAGUUUCUGCUCCGGGUCUUCUCCAGUGGGAGGGUCUCCCUCAGCGCCGUCAAGCCGGCCGCCACGAGCACCGCCUCCGGGGAGGCCCAGCCCGCGGGGGAGUGGGAGACGGUGCGGCUGCGGGGCUCCUGGAGGGCCGGCCACACGGCGGGGGGCAGCAGGAACUUUCCCUCCUACCCUCGCAACCCGUGCUUCCCCCUCACGGUCCCCGAGGGCACGGGCCCCCGUUGCAUCCGGAUCACCCUGCGCCAGCACUGCCGGGACAGCGAGUGCCACCCCAUCGGCUUCCAUGUCUUCCAGGUUCCGGCGGAUGGCGGGAGCCCGGGCGCCUCCCAGCUGCUGCUCCAGGACCCCAUGCUGAGCUGUGUGCCACACUGCUACGCCCAGGAGGUGAGCCGGCUCUGCCACCUGUCGGCGGGGACCUACAGGAUUGUACCCUCCACCUACCUGCCAGACACAGAAGGGGCCUUCACGGUGACCAUCGCCACCAGAAUAGACAGGCGCUCCAUUCACAGCCAGGAAAGGCUGGGGCAGCUCCUCCAGGAGGCCUCCUUCAUGGCGGUGAUGAAAACCUAACCGGUGACCCCCCUGUGUCAGCUCGGGCCGCUGGGGAGGUGUGAGAGGCUCCCUCCCACCGUGCCACCAGACUCCGCGCUGCGGCUCACGGUCCUGAGCUGGACGGCCACACGUGCCUGUGGGCCCAGGCGGAGAGCCCCUUCCUGCGGGGAGGUGACCGUGGGCUGAAGCCGGGGCCUUGGGAAAGGCGGGAACAGCCCUGCACAGGCGUCUUGGUUCCACGCUGCUGAGGCUGGAGCGCUUCCGGAAACCCUCCGUGGCAUCUGUCCCCGCUGCGGAGAGAGGCCUUGUGGCGGACGAGAGUGUGUCAGGACCGAUCUUGUUUAGGACUGUUUAUGUCCGGUGUUGUUAGGCUGUAACUUUAUAAAUAAACGUGAGUGCUGAGCAGUU